AUGUGGGACGACGAGGACAACAAUCCGUAUGGAUCCUUUGCCCGCCAUGAUUCCAACGCCUCAGAUAUUCCCGGUUUAGCUUCGCCUGCUGCCCUCCCGUAUCGUCCUGCGACUCCGCCCUCCGAGGCUUCGUCCCCCGCACAAGAGUCGCCCGAGUAUGUCUCUCAGCGGGACAUGGACAGCGUCGACUACGACGAGGAACAGCAAGACCAUGCAGACCCCAAGGCGCCUAAGAAGGGUGGUUACGAUGCGCGCGUAGAACAAUGGCUGUACGAGCACCCGGAUCAGCUUGUGUUGAUCACGAGCGCGGGCAAGGAUGGUGUGAACUACAUACAGUACACCAUCAAUUGUGGUGGUCUUGAAGUAAAGCGCAGAUACUCCGAGUUCGCAUCGUUACGCGCCGAAUUGGUCAGACUGCACCCGACACUCAUCGUACCUCCGAUACCCGAAAAGCAUACCAUGGCCGACUACGCCGCGAAGCCAACAAAGGCGAAAGAGGAUGCUGGUAUCAUAGAGCUGCGGAAGCGCAUGUUAGCUGUCUUUCUAAAUAGGUGCAGAAAGAUGAAAGACAUAUUGGAAGACGGCGUGUUCUGGAGAUUCCUCGACCCAUACACAAGUUGGAACGACGUACUCAAUAGCCCGCCUGUCUCCAACAUUCCUAAACAGAUCCUCAAGGCACCCCCGCUCGAUCCCGCAAACCCUUCGCAAGCGCACAGCUACCUUCCAAUUCCCUCGUCUUCCGCAAAGUUGAAGUCAGGCGGUGCGACGUCCAGCUCUGGUACACCUGUAUCACCCGCCAACAAUGCAGCUCUACCUUCAGCAGCCGCGCAUACAACACCAGGUCCUGCAAUCUUCGGUCGCUUCCCUCCAGAGACACGGGACAUGUCGGAAGAAGAGCUGGAUCCAUACUUUGUCAGCUUCGAGAACUCGUCCAAAGACCUAGAGCAUCUGCUGCAGGGGCCAAUGGAGAAGGUCAAUAGACGGUUACUCAUGCACCUUGGAAACUGGGGCGAGGACAUGGCAGAUCUGGGCGCACGUUUCAACGCCUUCUCGCUUUCCGAACAGACUCAGUCACUUGCCGCGGCCAUAGAAAAGACCGGGCAAGCCGUCGACUCUACGUAUAUCGCGACGACCGAACUCUCUUCGUCUCUUAGCGCAGGCUUCUCCGAGCCCAUGCGUGAGAGCGCACAAUUCGCCGGUGUUGUACGUUCUACACUGAGGUAUCGGGUGCUCAAGCGGAUACAGGAGGACAUGACCAAGGAUGAACUAGAGAAGAAGCGCAAUCUACUCGAAUCGCUUGAACGCAGCGAAGCAGAAUCGAAACGACUGGAACAACAUCUGAGUGGCGUCGGUCAUCAGCCUCCUCGAAGUCGCGCUGCAUCGAACAGCUCACAGCGCAGUAGUGGUGAAGCGGAGCAACAUAGAAGAACAGAGGAGGACAGGGUCUCGAUCGAUUCCGACUUCCCACCCACACAUGGUGACACACCGUCUAGCGCGCAGGGCGCACCUGAUAGCCAGUCACCACCUAGCAGCCUGCACAAGAAGACUGCGAGUGGGAACUUUGUUACCAACAAGUUGUUUGGGUCAAUCACACAUGCUUUCCGGGGUAUGGCAGACGUAGACCCGGAAAAGACACGGAGGGAUCAAAUUGGCAAGACAAGAGAUAGUAUGGUACAGCUCGAACAAGCCCUGACUGUCGCCGAGAAAGACACCAAAGACGCAAGUUCAGGCGUGAUGAAGGAUCUGCGGAGAUUCCAGAGCGAGAAGGAGGAUGAUCUACGACGAUACAUGAUGGAAUUCGCUCAAUGUCACAUCGAUUGGGCAAAACGAAACAAGGCGGCCUGGGAAGAAGCUAAGGCCGAAGUCGAGAAUAUAGCGCCGCAAUCCUCAGAAGAAUACCCUAGGCAACCUGAGGAUUUUGAGGCACGGGAGCAAUAUAAUUCAAAUUGUGCUGACCAUCUAUCCUCCAUGAAGAGAUUCUCAACGAUGCGCUUGUUCGACGUACUGACUGAUAAGACACAACCUCCAGGACAACACUACACGUACGGCGAAAGUGGUGAUGUUUGA